UUUCUUUAAUCGUGCAUGAGUGGAAGAAUACGUAUCACUAAAUUGCUUCGUCACUCAGGUUUUAACAAGCUAAAGGACAUUGAGUAUUUGGGGACGAUAGCCAGCAUGUGUCUUAACUCAGACUACGCCGCAGCACUGUUUGAGGGAAAAGUGCAGCUGCACAUGAUUGAAAGCAAAGACCAGGAGGAGAAGAAGCAGAUGAAGUUGUUUCCAGAUGAUGACAGAAAAGGUCGGAUUCUUUGCCACGCCCUCACCGCUGACUUCCUCUACUACGGCACUGAUUCAGGUAAUGUGGCGUGUGUCUUGGUGGAGGACUGGGAGACUGUGAGCAGCUACAGCCACUCGGUUGGUGUGAGGAAAGUGUUCCCCGACCUAAAUGGCACGCGGCUGGUGUUCAUCGAUGACAAGAACAGCGGCUUCCUGCUCUCCCCUGCGAACGCGACAGACUCCUGCUUUGAGCUCCCCAACUUCUCUCCCACCAUCACAGGAGUGCUGUGGGACAACUGGCAUGCUGACCGAGGAGUGUUUGUAGCUUAUGAUGAUGACAAGGUCUAUACCUACGCCCUGCAUAAAACCACCAUAUAUGGCACCCGGGUGGUGUUAGUAGGGAGCACUGCGCUCCUCUUUUCCCAGAAGCCUCUGCUCUUGUACAACGGGGAGCUGACAUGUCAGACGGUGAGCGGCAAUACCAGCGAAGUGGCUCUGAGCACACACUCCUUCCUCAAGCGCUCAACUGUCACAUCAGCAGAUUUGCCGCCGGAGCUCAGCAAGCAGCUCACCCAGGCACUCAUGCUCAAGAGGUUCCAUGAAGCCUGCGAUCUGUGUAAGUCUUCAGGCAGUAGCACAGACUGGGCAGAGUUAGGCAAAGCCUGCCUGGUCCACAUGGAGGUCGAGCUGGCCAUCCAGGUCUACCGUAUGAGCGGCAAUGUGGGCAUGGUCCUGUCGCUGCAGGGCAUCCAGGGUAUAGAGGACAUGAAUUUACGAGCAGGACAUUUGGCCAUGUUUCUAGGUGACUACAACCUGGCCCAGGACCUCUAUCUGUCUUCAAGCUGCCCAAUCGCUGCCCUGGAGAUGAGGAGAGACCUGUUGCACUGGGACAGCGCUCUUAUGUUAGCCAAGAGGUUAGCAGAAGACCAAAUUCCCUUUAUAUCCAAGGAAUAUGCUGUCCAUCUGGAGUUUAUUGGAGACUAUGUGAAUGCUUUGGCACACUAUGAAAAAGGCAUGACCCACAAUAAUAAAUUCCAGGAGCAUGAUGAGGCGUGUCAAGCAGGUGUAGCCCGGAUGUCCAUCAGGAUGGGUGACAUCAGGAGAGGAGCCGCUCAGGCAAUCCAGCACCCGAGCAGAGUCCUCAAGAAGGAAUGUGGAGCCAUACUGGAGAGCAUGAAGCAAUUCUCUGAAGCCGCUCAGCUCUAUGAAAAAGGCCAGUAUUAUGACAAGGCUGCGUCGGUCUACAUUCGUUGCAAGAACUGGGCGAAGGUGGGGGAGCUGCUCCCACAUGUCUCCUCUCCUAAGAUCCACCUGCAGUACGCCAAGGCCAAGGAGGCGGACGGCAAGUAUAAGGACGCUGCACAGGCCUACGAGAGUGCAAAAGACUGGGACAACAUGAUACGCGUGCUACUGGACCACCUGAACAACCCAGAGGACGCUGUGCGCAUCGUCAGGGAGACGCAGAGCAUUGACGGAGCAAAGAUGGUUGCCAGGUUCUUCUUGCGGUUGAGUGACUACAGCUCAGCCAUCCACUUCCUGGUUCUGUCUCAGUGCAACGAUGAAGCUUUCCAACUGGCACAGCAGCACGGACAAAUGGAGGUCUACGCGGACAUCAUCGGUACGGAGGCGACGCAGGAGGACUACCAGAGCAUUGCUCUCUACUUUGAGGGAGAGAAGAAACACCUCCAGGCUGGCAAGUUCUUUCAGAAGUGUGGGCAGUACAGCAGAGCCCUGAAGCACUUCCUGAAGUGUCCCAACACUGACGACAAUCUGGCUGUCGAGAUGGCCAUUGAGACGGUAGGUCAGGCCAAGGACAGUUCUCUGACCAAUCAGCUUAUAGAUUACCUGAUGGGAGAGAGUGAUGGCAUGCCCAAGGAUGCAAAGUACCUGUUCCGUCUCUAUAUGGCACUGCAGCAGUACAGGGAGGCUGCUCGCACCGCCAUCAUCAUCGCCAGAGAAGAGCAGUGUGCAGGGAAUUACCGUAAUGCCCAUGACGUGCUGUUCAGCAUGUACACAGAGCUGCAGGCACAGAAGAUUAAAAUCCCAGCCGAGAUGGCCACCAAUCUGAUGAUCCUCCACUCCUACCUGCUGGUCAAGAUCCAUGUAAAGAGGGGAGACCACCUAAAGGGAGCACGAAUGCUCAUUCGUGUCAGCAACAAUAUCAGCAAGUUUCCUGCACAUGUUGUUCCCAUUCUGACGUCAGCGGUCAUUGAAUGUCACCGUGCCGGACUGAAGAACUCUGCCUUCAGCUUUGCUGCCAUGCUGAUGAGACCAGAGUACCGAAAUGAGAUUGACCCAAAGUACAGGAAGAAGAUCGAGGCCAUGGUUCGACGUCCAGACACAUCGGAGCUGGAGGAGGAAACCACUCCAUGUCCCUAUUGUGGCUUUCAGCUGCCACAGAACGAACUGCUGUGUAUCUCCUGCAAGAACAACCUGCCCUACUGCAUUGCCACGGGUCGUCAUAUGCUGAAAGAAGACUGGUCAGAGUGUCCUCGAUGUGAAUUUCCAGCUCUCUACUCACAGUUCAUUCAGUUGCUGGAAACGGAGACGGUGUGUCCCAUGUGCUCUGAGACGCUGAGUGUCAAACAGGUGAAGAAGAUUUCUGAUUGUUCCAAAUACCUGCAGACUGAUGAGCUGGAUCAAUGAAGACUAAAAAUAACAACUAAUAACAUGUAUAUAAAUGUCAUGUCAGCCUAAUGACAUAUUUUUUUUAAAUACAUCAAAUAUAUAUUUUGGAUGGAAUGUGUGCACCUUUUAGUUUUGUAUGAUGUGAAAUAGGAGUAUCAUAAAUCAAAUAAAGAAUUAAUAUUUAGGUGAAA